GUUUUACUUAUUUGUAACAUUUAUUUUGCACCCAGAAGCGUUAAACGAGGACUGCACCAAUAUAUUUCCAGCGUUAAAGUGCAUUUUAAGAAAUCUACCUGCUUGACAUUAACUUUGUUUUGAUAGUCAUGCGUAAUAAAUUGCGGACCUACCUGAGGAGGCACAAAGUGGGUAAGAGCGCAUUUCAAUAGUUUGCUAUCCCUUCUCAAAACAUCCACCUUUCUGGAUUCAGCGUGUCAUUCUGUCAGUGUUCUAAUACGAUAACCACUACUGAUAGCGCUCUGUGUUAACCAUACUUUCAUGUUCGUAUCUGAUAUCUUAAUUUAAACUCCGUGAAAGUCGAAAUUGCACGAAAAUGAAAUUUAUUUUGCUGUAUAUUUUGUUAACAACUGUGUAUGGACGGAAUUCUAGAAAUGUCGAAUUUAAUGAGUUGCCCGAGGAAAAGUUAUUGGACGCAGUUUGCCAAAGUUUUCACAAGAUUGGAACUAACGAAACUGUUUGCCGCACUUCUCCUCCCUGUGACUGGAGUAACGAGACCCUGACUGGUUUUCAAAUUAAGGCGAAUUUAACCGUACCAAAACUGAUAUGUAAAGAAAAUGACUUAAUUCACGUUGCAUGGAAAAGGAAAGAUGAUUUCGUAUAUUUUUUAGAAACCACCGGAGAAGAAUUUACGAAUUUCACUAAUGCGACAACAUGUGAUCGGUACACGCUAACCGAUCUCAAUCAAGCUACUAACUACACAAUUCGUUUGUGGGCUGCAUCAUUUUCCAAGAAACAAAUUAUGUAUAGUGGUACUGUGAACAUUAAAACGUCUGACAAAGAUUUAAUCCCGUCACCAGUGACGCGUUUUUCCGUUCAAAAUAUAACUUGCGAAGAUCUUUCGUGUUUUGCUGUUGCUGAGUGGAGUCCAAAUUUGGAUUAUUCGUGCCAAUAUGAUCUUGUUUGGCACGAAAAAGAUACGCUCGAUCAGGACAGGAUUAAUGUUAUUUCAGGUGGUCACCGGUUAGUCUUAAAAGAUUUAAAAGUUGACGCAGAUUAUCAUGCCUUUAUCGUCGCUAGAAAUGGAGAUUCAUCAAAUGAGAGUCCCAAGCAAACGAUUGAUUUCCGUACACCAACAUGUUUGGAAACACACCGUAGUCUAGAAAAAUGUCGUCCUGAAGCUCCGCAAGAUCUAGUCAUCAACGAAACUCCGGUCGAGUCGUCUGAGAAAAUCUUAAUAUAUGAUGUUCACCUUAAGUGGCAAAAACCUCACUUAAUACCUCAGUAUUAUAUCGCCAAUUUCAGCAAUUUCGUGAAUGAAAACAGAACUAAUUUAGUGAUUGAAAACGGAACUGAAACCUUAACUAUUACUGGGAACGAAACCAAAGCCACUUUUCACAGCGUCCAACUGGGUGACUUCUAUCAAAUCUCACUAAGGGCAUGCUCUCCGGCGGGCUGCAGCGAUCAAGUCGUAGACGAUCGCCACAAAAUAAUUUCAAUUAAUGUCUCGUCGCAUAAGCAGUUGAUGGUUGUGACUUUCGUUUUAGUUCCUCUUGUUAGUAUCUUAUUGGGAAUAAUAAUAAUUAUGUACUACCGGAGCAGGCAAAAACAACAGGAAGAACGAGAUAAAUAUUUUACGGGACUAGAUGAAGAGAAACUACCAGAAUCCACUGAUAACCUAGAAAUAAAUUUAAUUAAACAAGACGUUCCUGAUCAGUGGGAACUGGAUCCGUGCAAAUUGUGCUUUCAGAGUAUCGUAGGGGAAGGAGCUUUUGGAAUUGUACGGAAAGCUUACUUAGAGACCGAAAGUAAUACAAAAAUACAAGUUGCGAUUAAGAUGUUAAAAGAAUCUCCUACUGCGGAUGAAAUACGACAGUUUACACAAGAAAUUAAUAUAAUGAAGUCCGUUAGACAGCAUCCGUAUAUCGUUUCUCUAAUUGGGUGCAUAACAGAAGGACGUCCUGAAGGGCCUUUACUUGUGGUGGAGUACUGUUCAAGAGGCGACUUACAAACUUAUUUGAGAAAAGCCUGGGAUAAAUUCUGCAGCAUACAACAAGAAAUGAUUAAUCUUGAAGAAAACCUAAACAACCAAAAAAAUUACUUUGAAAAUAAAACAUAUGACAUCAAUUUGGGAGACAAAUUUAUAAUUCAACCAAAACAUUUAUUAUCAAUUGCACGUCAGGUAGCACUGGGUAUGGAACAUCUAGCAAAAACGCGGGUAGUCCAUAGAGAUCUAGCUGCACGAAAUGUUUUGGUUUGUGAAAAUCAUACCGUGAAAGUGUCCGAUUUUGGUUUAAGUCGAGAUGUGUACAGAGAUAACGUCUACUGCAAAAGUGGGGGCGGUAAACUGCCGAUCAGAUGGAUGGCCCUCGAAUCCUUAACUCACCAGAGAUACACAACGUAUAGUGACGUAUGGUCUUUUGGAAUUUUGUUGUGGGAAAUAGUUACAUUAGGAGGUACCCCAUAUGUGGGGGUUCACUCUUCAGAUUUAUUGGAAUUUCUUAAGAAUGGAAAUCGUUUGGGUCGUCCGUCUAAUUGCAGCCAAGAAUUGUACGCAAUAAUGCAGAGUUGUUGGAAAGCCUCACCUAAGAACCGACCGACGUUUACAGAUCUGCGUAAACUCUUAGAAGAUUUAUUGGAGAAUGUUUCCCAUUAUCUACGAGUAGAAAACGCAGAUUUGUUAGUGAGCUGUGGUGACAACACGAAAUUGAAUUCCAAUAAAUCAGACCAAAGAUUAUAUUCUAGUGAAAGUUAUAUCCAACCUGUGAAUACUUUGAGAUGAAAAAAUAGUUAGGAAUUUUGUCUGUAGUGGACCAUUAACAGUUCAGACGAUUUUGUUUUGUUUUUAAACACUUGUGGUGCCUCAUGUCGACUCAUUUGUGCAUAUGUGUGGGAUAUUAUGUGACAAAUUAUACAUAUAUGAAUAAGUUAACCAAUUUAAUAAUGUACCUGUGACCAAAGUUCAACAAUGUGUGAUCAAAUAACAUAAACUAAAUAUGUAUAUGUAGUCUUACGUUAAAAUUGAAUUCUCAUUGUGAAAUGAAAGUUAUGACUGAUACAGCUGUGACUGUGGUAAUGUUUUUAUGCACAAUAUAAUUAUUUCUUGAUAU